AUGAGUUUGGAGUCCAACCGCUCUUCUCUACCUCUUCCAAUUUUCCAUGGAGAAAACUAUGAUUUUUGGUCCAUCAAAAUGAGGACCUAUUUUCGAUCACAAUAUCUAUGGAAAAUUAUUGAAGAGGGAGUCACUAUUCCGGAAGACAUUACAUCUCUUUCGGAAGAUCAAAAGAAGGUAAUGGAGGAUAGUCAACAAAGGGAUUCUCAUGCAUUAUACUGCUUGCAGCAAGCUAUGGCAGACAAUCUUUUUCCACGGAUUAUGGGCGCAGCAACGGCAAAAGAAGCAUGGGACACGCUGCAGGAGGAGUUCCAAGGAACAAUUAAGGUACGCAUUGUUAGACUACAAAAGCUUAGAAGAGAUUUUGAAAAUCUUAAAAUGAAAGAUAAUGAGACUGCAAAAGAUUACUAUUCUAAAAUUAAAGAAAUAGUAAAUCAAAUGGGAGCCUACGGAGAAAUAAUUUCUGACAAGAAUAUAGUACAAAAGAUACUAAUUUCUUGUACAGAAAAAUAUGAUUCAAUAGUUUCUGUGAUAGAGGAAAUUAAAGAUUUAGAAACUCUAUCACCAACUGAACUAAUGGGCUCUCUUGAAGCAUAUGAAAGUAGACGAGAAAGGCAUAAGGAAAGUGAAGCUGAAAAUGCCUUUCAGUCUAAAAUCAAUCCGCGGUCUCAAAAACCAAAAGUUGAUGGGAAAAAGACACAAGAAAAACAAAAAGAAAAUAACGACAAGUAUCCUCCAUGUGGCAUUUGUAAAAGAAAAAUUCACUUGGAGAAAGACUGCUGGUUUAAAGGAAAACCACAGUGCCAAAAUUGUAAAAAUUUUGGCCACACUGAAAAAACUUGUCGUUUAAAGAAAUCCCAUCAAGCUAAUUUUUCCGAAGAGAAAAAUGAUGAAAGUAAUCUCUUCUAUGUCUGUCAAGCUACAACAGAAGAAGGAAAAUAUACUUGGUAUCUUGAUAGUGGUUGUAGUAACCACAUGACGAAAAAUGAAAGCAUCUUUUGUAGUCUUGAUAAAUCCAAGACUAAAGUCAAAAUCGGUAAUGGUGACUUCAUGGAAGCAGUCGGCAAAGGCACCAUCGCCAUUGACACUAAAAAAGGCAAGAGAUACAUCAAUGUACUCUUGGUACCCAACAUCGAUCAAAACCUACUUAGUGUAGGCCAAAUGAUUGAAAAAGGGUACUCUUUGCAUUUUUAA